CGCGGCCUUCGUGGUUGUGGACACGAGACGCAAAACCUGCUUCAUCUGAACUGCGUCAGCUGCAUCCUUUGACUGAACUUAAAACUUCUUGAGAUAUAGAAGUGUCGACAUGUCGCCUCCACUCUCACCGCAAGCACGACGCGUGCGUACUAUCAUGGUAACCCUGCCGGUCAUUGUAGCGACGUCCUUCGUUCUUUACAAACGUCUCGUACUCGGAGCACCGCAGCGUACGGUACCUCGCUUUGAGCCUGGCGAGGACCCCGCUGAGACCGCGAAGAAAAUGAAUGCUCGCAUCCUUGAACUCAAGCCUCCUGAGAUGAUGCAUCCAGGAGGUGCCGCGGUUGGCAGCACGGGUGGGAGGGAGGAAGAGGCAGACGACUUAUGACCAAAGCAUGCUCAUCAUCGGUCGAUGGGCGACGUGGAUCAGCCUGACAGACGCGAAUGAUAUCUAUUACGAACCCUAAGCAGACCCUACGCAUCCUCGUUGGCCC